AUGACUGAAACUAUUAACCAUAUUUUCAUGGUUCUGAAGCAACUGGACCAAUUUUUUUUGGAUAUUUACCACACAAACCAGCAAAACAUACUAAUCAGAUCUCUCUCGUUAAAGAAGCAAAAGGGAGAUUCUAGUUCUAAAAAGAGGUCUGCAAAUAAGGCUCUGGACGACAGCAGCUCAGCUAAAAGACCUGCUAAUGUAUCUAGACAAGAAGGGUCAAGCAGUGGUACAGGAGAAAAAGACUUUCAGUCUUUGAUUGUGGAGAAGCUCCGUGCCCUUCUCAAGGAGAAAGGCCUUCCAACAAAAGGAAGAAAGGAUGAGCUCAUUGCGCGUCUGAAGGAUGCCAACUGAAGAUUGAGCAAACGCUCUUGUUAAUGAAUAUAUAUAUAUAUAUAUAUCUUCAGAGGUUUUCUGUUAGGCAAAAAAAGUGAUGAAAAUUAUUGUUGUUCUCUGGUUUUGGCUUUGAGACUGUAGUGGUAUAAACCAAAUGUGUAAUGGUUGAUAGUUUAAUUCCCAUAAAAUAAUUAAUACUACAUUACAUAUAUAAGUAUUGUAUGAAUUUUGUAUGUAAUUUGGACUACGAACAUAA